AGGUUCGUGCUGAAGGUCGAUGGGCGGCGGAGCCUCGGACCCGCGGCCGUGUUCGGUUUGGACGAUACGCUGACGUCCCAAACGUGAACGCAGACCCUUCACGGAGGGCAACAUGUAUUUAACAACGGUGUUCGCCUUGCUCGGGACCUUUGGGGCGGCGAGCGGCGAGACACACUCCCUCUCCUACAUCUACACGGCCUUCUCCAAGCCCGCCAAACCAUUGAGCAUCCCCGAGUUCACGGGCAUUGGAUUUCUGGACAAGAAGAUGAUUGACUACUAUGACAGCGUGCAGCGAAAAAAGGUCCCAAAGCAGAAGUGGAUGGAGGAGAGGAUGGAGCCGAGCUACUGGGAGAAAGGCACUGAGUCCCGCUUGAAAAAGGAGCAGUGGUUUGGGGUCAACCUCGGCAUCCUCAUGAAACGCAUGAGACACAACAACACAGGCCUUAGUGUUCUUCAGUGGCAGCAUGGCUGUGAGGUUGAAGUGUUGCCAGACAACUCAACAAAGUUUAGCAAAGGCAUUGACUCGUACAGCUACAACGGUGAUGACUUCAUCUCCUUUGAUGGAGAGAACAAGCGCUGGCUCACAGGGAUCCCAGAGGCCCAACAGACCACGGCGAAGUGGAACGAAGUCCAACCUCUGAAUGACUACACCAAGAAUUACCUGGAGACCGAGUGUGUCAAGUGGCUUGAGGUGUUCUUGAAGUAUGGGAAGAAGGCGCUCCAACAGGCCUCUCCGCCGGAGGUUUACGUGUUCACAACAGAGUCCAAAGUCCAGACCCAACGUGUUUUGAACUGCAUGGCCACAGGAUUCUACCCCGAAGACGUCAUUGUGCAAAUCAAGAGGAAUGAUUAUGUUUUGACCCCUUCGGAGGGAUUGAAAUCUACGGGGGUCAGACCGAAUGAAGACGAAACCUUCCAGAUAAGGUUGUCAGUGGAGAUUUUAAAAACCGACUCCAGCGUCUUCGAAUGUGAAGUUAUCCACCAAGCUUCCAACGUGCACAUUGUGAAGAAGUGGGAUGGAGGAGUGACAGAAAACACUGGGAUUGCUGUUGCUCUUGCUCUUGCUCUUGUUGCUGUUGCUGCUGGUGUUGGUGUUUGUGUUGUUGUUAUGAGGAGGCUCAGGAAAAAUCCCGAACCUGAGAAAACUAUACCUCCAGCAUGUACAAGGGUGGAAGUCCAUAAUGGGGAAAAUGAGUGUGUGCCACUGACUGCGGAUGUCAGCGAUGGAGAGAAAAUGAAGGGGUCCCAGGAGUCUUUCAGCAAGGACUCUGGGAGAAGCAGCGGUACAGACACAACGCACAGUUCUACAAGUGGGUUACUGUCUCCUGGCGAUGGACACUCUGUGGACGCCGCUGGGAGCAAUUCCUCCAGCUCCGAAAACUGGAACCAGGGGACAUCUUAGGACAACUUGUCUACAACAGACAUCAUGAUGACAUCACUCCUAUGAGCCAAAGAUAGAAUGUGCUAUGGAAUAAGCAUGGAUGUAAUAAUAAUAAUAAUAUUAAUAAUAAUGAUGAUAGUCAUCUAUGAGGGGGGGAAGUGGCAGCCACCCAUGACGCCAGCAGUGCUCUCCCACUUAAACAGAUAAUGAUAAUAAUAAUAAUAAUACAUAAAGGGCAAGAAAAAACAGAAAACAGCAUCCCUGUGGGUGUUGAGUUUCAGUAUUAGUAGAACUGGAUACGGCGGCGCCGCUCAGCCUUGCAGCCAAGUUUUUCCCCAGUGGUCACUCGCGGUAUUGCAGCAGCGAAAAAUCUGCGGCCCAAACGGCAUUUUCCCAUAGACCGCCAUUGUAAAAGAGGCGCCUGUAAAACUGUUGACAGGACACCUGCAGCUAUAAUCAUGGUCAAUUAUUACUCUUUGUAUUGUACAUUUUUAAGCCAUGGGGUUUUAAUCUUUUUUUAAAACAUUUCCAAAGCCCAGAAAAAAAAACAAUUCUGCGUGACGGCACGGCCGUGUACGAGCCGUUCUCCUAGCCUAGACGCAUGAUGGGAGUAACACUUCUGCUCAUGUUCAGUGGACCCCGUGUACCCGGAAGUAACCCGGAAGCCGGAAACUUUCAGCGUAUGCGUCAGGCGAGCAAUUCUCAUCGGAAAUGAUCAGGCGCCGUUUUUUACAUCCGGUAUCCAGUGCUACUAUAAUAACCUCCAUGGGAAUAAGUCAAGCUUGUUUUCGGCUCAGUCCAUUUUCAUUUAAAGCACAGAGGGCUUUGCAAGGCAAAAUCCAUCACAUUGUAAACAUUAUGAAUCUAUUAUGUUAAACAUCAUUAGUUACAAUAAUCAAACUUAUUUUGACCAUAUUCAAAAAAUGUUUAGAAAGUAAAACUUGCUACAAUGAGACAGACAAAAAAGUUUAGAAAGUAAAACUUGCUACAAUGAGACAGAAAUUAGUUGCAUUUAUGUUUUCAAGCCAAUGAAGUUUAUAAAUGCUGUAAAUUAAUCUUUGGUUUUCUAAAUGUGAUACUCGUUAAUUCAUGUAACGGGUUGUCAAAAAUCUCCUUUUCACUUUUUUGUGUUCUUUCUGGGAGUCAUCUCAAACUGAGCUUCCGCAUGAUGUUAAUGGGGAUGUUUUAAAAUAGAUUAUUUUUUGAAGUCAAUAAUGGAGAUGUGUUGGCAGGUUACUGUUGCCUAGUGUGCGGUGAGAAAUACUAUAUUAUGCUCUGUCGCUAAUCGCUAAGUAUUUUAACUUAAUUCAAAAUAUCGGUCUGCAACUUCUACCGCAGCAUUCAAAUGAGCUUUUAAAUUGUGUAUUAUAUGUAAAGGGGCUUUCACACCAUAGUGCCAUCAAAUCCAUUCAUGUCUGUGUUCAUAAAUGUAUGUGCACCCAGAUUUCAAUCAAGUUUCGACUUUUGCUGUGAGUGCUCUGACAAAACUGUCCUGAACUAUACAACACUCCACUGAACUUUAAGUAGAGGGGUUAUAUGGAAGGAUAUUCCCAAUCAAGCGCAGAUCGGAAAGCUCACAAAUGGAUCUGAAUUUUACUGGCCUCAUCAAUGUGUAAUUGUUUUAUGAUUGUAAGAUAUCCCUGUGUUUAAAUAAAAAAAGAGCUUUGCUCAUUAACAUUCAA